ACCGUGGUGCUUGGGAUGUACUGGAAAAUGUUAACCCUUCCUUUAUUAAAAAAUCAAAAUAAUGGUAGAUGGGGGGACCCCAGUGCCCCUUGCUGGGUCUUCCUAGGAAAUGGGGGCUGGCAAGAGCUGUUGCUGUGGUGGGCCUGCCCAGCAGGGGCUGAGGGCCUGUCCUCCUCCUGCGCAGAGCUGCCCGAGAACUGGACAGACACUCGGGAGACACUGCUGGAGGGGAUGCUCUUCAGCCUCAAGUAUCUGGGCAUGACGCUGGUGGAGCAGCCCAAGGGCGAGGAGCUGUCGGCCGCUGCCGUCAAGAGGAUCGUGGCCACGGCCAAGGCCAGCGGGAAGAAGCUGCAGAAGGUGACUCUCAAGGUGUCUCCACGGGGGAUUAUCCUGACUGACAACAUCACCAACCAGCUCAUUGAGAACGUGUCCAUUUACAGGAUCUCCUACUGCACGGCGGACAAGAUGCACGACAAGGUGUUUGCGUACAUCGCCCAGAGCCAGCACAGCGAGAAUCUUGAGUGCCACGCCUUCCUCUGCACCAAACGGAAAAUGGCCCAGGCUGUCACCCUCACUGUAGCCCAAGCCUUCAAAGUCGCCUUUGAGUUUUGGCAGGUGUCCAAGGAAGAGAAGGAGAAGAGGGAGAAAGCCAGCCAAGAGGGAGGGGACAUCCUGGGCAGGGGCCACUGCGACAGCACCCCCUCGUCAAAAAGCCUGGUCGCCACUGGGAACCUGCUGGACUUGGAAGAGACAGCCAAGGCCCCGCUGUCCACAGUCAGCGCUAACACCACUAACAUGGACGAGGCACCGCGGCCUCAAGCCUUGAACAGCAGCAGUGUGGUCUGGGAGCUGGAUGACGGCCUGGACGAAGCAUUUUCAAGGCUUGCCCAGUCUCGGACGAACCCUCAGGUCCUGGACACUGGACUGACAGCACAGGACAUCCAUUACGCCCAGUGCCUCUCACCUGUUGACUGGGACAAGCCUGACAGCAGCGGAGCCGAGCAGGAUGAUGUCUUCAGCUUCUGAGGGCCCGGGGCUGGCGGGACUCAUGACAGACCAACGCCACCUGCAGUGGGGGCAGCUCCAGGACCCCCAGGCACCGUCUUCCAGUCGGUGAGCAGCACCGUCAGCCUGCAGACCAAAGCUGCAGCCAGUCUAGCAGGGGGAAGGAGAGGUUUUUUUAACCCCGCCCUUUCCCUAAGAACUGGAAGAUGCCUUGAAUAUUUA